AUGGGCUUAUUCAACUUCCUACUACGGCUCGCAGCCGCACUCCAAAACUUCGGGUCAGCCAUACUCCUCCCCAGCCAACAUCCGUGGUACAAGCCGCCUCCCGACAUCAAGUCACACAAACCUGGCACCGUCAUCAGUUCACGCGAAAUCGACACGAACCUACAGGGCAUCCUUCCUCGAGGACCAACGCCGAAUGUUCAUACGGCAUGGCAGUACAUGUAUAGAUCCACAGACAGCCUGGGCAAUCCGGUCGCGGAUGUUGCAACUUUGCUGGUUCCAAAGAAUGCCGAUCCGAAGAAGUUGCUGGUCUUUCAGUCCAUCUACGAUUCGGCAAAUGCAGAUUGCGGAGCCAACACCACAUCGAUUGACGACGUCCUUUUCAUUGCUGCGGCCCUGAACAAAGGCUGGUAUGUGCUCGGCGCCGACUAUGAAUGUCUUGAAGGACAUGUCACAGCUGGUGUCCAGUCUGGUUAUGCCACUCUUGAUGGUGUCCGCGCCGCACUCAAUGCUGCACCAACUAAUGGCCUCUCGAAACAUGCCAGAUAUGCGUUGUGGGGCUACUCUGGCGGAGCCAUUGCUACAGAGUUCGCGGUCGAACUUCAACCGAAAUAUGCUCCAGAGCUCAAUUUCGCAGGCGCGGCCAUUGGUGGAUUGACUCCAAGCAUCGAGACCGUACUCGAUACUAUAAGUGAAACCAAGUUCGCCGGGCUGGCCAUUGCAGGAGUGAAGGGAAUGUCGAGAGCAUACCCCAACUUUACGCGAUGGCUCGACCAUUCCCCUGUGCCGUCCAAGAAGGCUCAAUUCGAAUCAAUCGCCAAAGGAUGCCUCUCAGGAGCUUCGAAGGCUGCGACCAAUAUGGACGUGUUCACAUUCGUGAAGAACGGCCGAGCAGCGAUGAAGGAAGCCAUCCCGCGGUCUGUGUUCGAAAAAGGAGGCACGAUGGGAGUACAUGGUGUCCCGACCAUGCCCUUGUUCUUAUACCAGGGCGUGAUGGACCAGACCAGUCCUAUCGGUGAGACUGAUAAGCUCUUCGACAAGCUUUGCAAGCACGACGGCGUCAACAUUCAGUAUCAGAAGGACGUUGUUGCAGAUCACGUCUCCGAGGCCCUGCUGGGAAGCUUGGAUGCGUUUCAGUGGCUGACUGCACGGCUGGAGGGUAAGGCGAUCAAGAACAAGGGCUGCAAGAUGAAUCGUGUGUUUUUGACAGACUUGGAUCCUGGCAGCUUGGAUUCGAUGGAUGCUCAUUUCCAGGCGGUCUUCGCGGCAUUUUUGGGCCAUGGGCUCGGUCGUCCGUGGUGGAUCGGAUGA